AUGCUCUUCUCCAAACCACUAUCACUGGCCCUGCUUGCUGGGACUGCAGCAGCCAGGGAAGGCUUCGUAACGACAAACGGAGAAAAAUUCCAACUCGACGGCGAGGAUUUCUACUUUGCGGGCAGUAACGCGUACUACUUCCCAUUCGACAAUAACCAAACAGACGUCGAACUCGGCCUCACAGCCGCAAAACGCGCUGGGCUCAAUGUCUUCCGCACGUGGGGCUUCAACGACAAGAACACCACAUACGUACCCGGGGGUCUACCCGACUACGGCGGCGAAGGGGCCGGAGCAACGGAGAUCGUGUUCCAGUGGUGGAAUAAGAAUGGCACGUCGACGAUUGAUCUAGAGCCGUUCGAUAAGGUGGUGAAUGCGGCUGAGAAGGCGGGGAUUAAGCUGCUUGUUGCGCUGACGAAUAACUGGGCGGAUUAUGGCGGGAUGGAUGUGUAUACUGUGAACUUGGGUGGGAGGUAUCAUGACGAUUUCUACCGUCUCCCCCAAAUCAAAACAGCUUUCAAGCGGUACGUCAAAGAGAUCGUCACACGGUACCGAGACUCCCCAGUGAUUAUGGCCUGGGAACUCGCCAACGAGCCUCGAUGCAAUGCAGACGGGGAGCGCAAUCUCCCCCAAAGCCCAGACGGAUGUAGUCCCGAGCUGCUCACAUCGUGGAUAUCCGAAAUAAGCACGUUCAUCAAGACGCUUGACCCGGACCACCUGGUGACGUGGGGCGGCGAGGGAGGAUUCAACUACGAGUCAGACGACUGGGCGUACAACGGCUCUGACGGGGGCGAUUUCGAGGCUGAGUUGGAGCUGGAGACUAUUGACUUUGGGGUCUUCCAUUCGUAUCCGGAUUGGUGGACAAAGACGGUUGCGUGGACGGAUCAGUGGAUUGUCGACCAUGCGGAGGCCGCGCGGAGUGUUGGGAAGCCGGUUGUGCAUGAGGAAUACGGCUGGUUGACCCCGGAAGGACGGCUGGACAACCUGGGAACAGUCUCGAAUAUUACGCGCCUGCAGGCUGUUGGGGGAUGGCAGAACAUCAGCCUGCAUGAGAAAAUGCCGGACCUGUUCUGGCAGUUUGGGUUCUCUGGCUAUUCGUAUGGCCGCAACCAUGAUGAUGGAUUCACCAUCUAUCUCGAUGAUGCCGAAGCAAAGGAUCUGGUAUACAAGCACGCACGAGAGGUCAAUCAACUGAACCGCAGGCAUUAG